AUGGAUCCAAAUGUUGAGACAAGUGUAGAUGUAACUCUGCUGUCAGAGAAGAUCGAUGACGCUGAGGGUGGAAGGAAAACCCUAAACCUAACAGAUCGAAGAACUCAGUUGAUGGAUUCAGAUUUUCAGAGAGUUGCUGACCGAUUGGCAAGGUUGAAGGAUCCUUCUCCAUCAAUCUUGACACCUAGUAACCUAGAUGGUUCUCUAUCAACCUCUCGAUGGUCAGAUCGCAGGGAAGACGAUAACCCGAUGUUCCAAAAUCUCCAAGACAGUAUAUUGGUUGCUCGCAAUAGAUACGAAGCGAAGGGCUAUGGCGAACCCAAGUCAGAUCUACCCAAAGGACAGGAAGCUGCACAAGCUACUGAAGACCCUCCGAACCCAAGUUUCAUUGUGGAAGGAGGCCGUGAGGAGAUGCGUCCGCAAAGGGGAGGGGGGAACCCUAACUUCAGAGGAGGCAGAGGAGGUAGAGGUCAAGGGGGUGGUAGAGGUCAAGCUUAUACUCGAACCUGGGCAGAUGUGGCUGCUUCAUCUACGCGAUCUAGCGUUCCUCUCAGGUAUGUGCCUCCUAAUCGCAGUGAGGGCUAUGUCAGUGUGAACCUACCCACCCGUCCUAACCCUUUAGAAAAAUGGGAUUCGUGUUUGGUUGGAUAUUUUCUGGAUAAAGGGGUGUCCUACAAUUACCUGAAAAAUAGUGCUUUUGGUCUAUGGAAAAAUAAAGGAUUGAAAGAGGUUUUAGCUAAUGGGGAAGGGUUUAGCUUUUUCAUUUUUGAUAACCCAGAAUGCUGUACCUCACUUCUCGAGGGAGGGCCUUGGUAUAUUGGAGGUUUUAACUUGUUUUUGAAAAAAUGGACCCGUAUGAUGAAAUUAUCUAAGGAAAAAGCUACCAAGGUCCCUGUGUGGGCUAAGUUCUUCAAUGUCCCAUUUGAAUACUGGGAUAGUGAUGGAUUAAGUCGAAUAGCUAGUGCUGUAGGUGUCCCUCUUUUUAUGGACCAACUCACGGAACAGGGUAGUAGGGUGUCCUUUGCUAGGGUGUGUGUUGAGGUAGAAGCAGCAUCUACCUUACCGGCUAUGUUUAAGGUAGACUGUGAAGGUAUAGAAGCCACAGUCAAAGUUGAAUACCAAGGUUUACCUCCAAAAUGUGAUCACUGCAUAGCGUUUGGGCACGAUACAGCCAGAUGUGUGAAAACUCAGGUUGCGGCUCUAAUCAACAUCCAAAAGGAAGUACAAAAUCACCCUGAUCCUAGCUGGGAAACUGUUAUGGCCAAGGGUAAGAGGAAAGUUGGUGUUCCAGAAACGACUACUGAGACAGUAAACAAUGAGGAGCCUAUUGAGGAAGGAUUGCCACAAUCUGGGGAAGAACAGAACCACCCAGAAAUCCAAGUUCAGGUGGAGACUGCAGUGGAACUAUCUGAUCAAACUCACAGAGAGGUGCUAAAUCCAACAGAGGUGGAGUCAAAGGAUGAGAAUAUGGAGGAUCUGGUGGCCCUUCAGAAGGAACUGGUAAAAAUCACAAGCCUAGUUCUCCCUCAUGAUACAGGAUUGUUGGCUAAAGUGGAAAAUCUUGUGGAAUCCACUCCUGGCAAAUUUCAUACUGGCAAGCAAGCCCAAGCAGGCUCAAGUGCAAAAGGUAACUCCUCUGGCAAGGGUAAUAAAAGCCAGAGGAAGAAACGCAGAGGAUUUAAUAAUCCUCAUAGACAUAAAGAAGUUAGAAAAUUCCUGCUGAAUGAAGACAUUAAAAUUUUGGGCAUUUUGGAAACUAAAAUAAAAGCUUUGAAUGAACAACAGAUUUUUUCUUCUGGUGUAAACAACUGGCCCUUUUUGACAAACUCACAACCUUCUAAAACUGGGCGGAUAUGUGUCUGCUGGGACUCAGCUUUUUGUAAAAUUCAAAAGUUACAUGAAUCUGAUCAGUAUAUUUUUUGUGAAGUGCAUGAUUUAACCACGGAUUAUACGUUCAGAGUCUGUUUUGUUUAUGCUGAGAAUAAACAUGAAGUUAGGAAAGAAUUUUUUGAGUCCAUGGUCAAUAUCUCCCAAGCUCAGUCCAAUAUUCCUCUUGUAAUUUUAGGAGAUUUUAAUGCUAUUAGAUUUCCUUAUGAAAAAUCUGGAGGCUCUACUGGUUGGUCUAAGGAUAAAGAGGAGUUCAACUCUUGUAUCUUACAAGCCGAGCUGGUUGACCUCUCCUAUGGAGGCUGCCAAUUCACUUGGGCCAAUAAGAGAACUAGCGGGGAUUACAUUGCCUCUAAGAUUGACAGAGUGCUGGUAAAUGAGGCUUGGCUUGAUGCAUUCCCUGCCUCAUUUGCUACCUUUUUGCCCUCUGGCAUAUCUGAUCACUCGCCAGCUGUGGUUCAUAUAUCUGAUAAGGUGACUUCUUUCAAGAAACCUUUCAAAUAUUUUGACUUCUGGGCUGACCAUGAGGACUUUUCCUCUGUGGUUUCUACAAUUUGGAACCAAUACAUUCAAGGUGUCCCUAUGUUUAGAGUGUGUCAGAAACUGAAAAAUCUGAAACCAGCACUUAAGGCUCUGAAUAAGAAAGACUUUAGUGACAUUACUACUAGAGUCCACACUUCUAGGUCUGAGCUCCUCUCUGCUCAGUGUAAGUUGGAUAAGGAUCCUAGCAAUACUUCCUUGCAACAACUUGAGAGAACCUUUUACAAAAAGUAUGUUGAUCUUCUGGUUGUUGAGGAGAGUCUGGCUCACCAAAAAUCUAGAGUCCAGUGGCUUAGUCAGGGUGAUAGCAAUAGCAGGUUUUUUUUCAAAACCAUUAAGGGUAACAUCAAUAGGGGUAAGAUCUUAAGUUUGGAGAUGAUGGAUGGCAAAAAAUCUUCAGAACCUAAGGACAUUCAUAAUGCUUUCAUAGAUUUCUUCUCUGGUUUAUUUGGUACCCCUAUUGAUGACCAUUACAAUGGGUUUGAUAGAGUCCAGUCUCUUGUUAAGUCUAAAAUAUCUUCUGAUCAAUCGCUUCUGCUUGCUAGCCCUGUGACUGAUAAAGAGAUCAAGGACACUUUUUGGUCUCUUAAAGCAAAUAAGGCCCCUGGCCCUGAUGGCUUCUCUGCUGGCUUUUUCAAAAGUGCUUGGAAUAUUGUGGGGAGAGAGGUCACCCAAGCUGUUAGAACCUUUUUUGAGUCCGGGAGACUUCUAUCCGAAGUUAAUAGUACCAUUAUUGCUCUCAUUCCUAAGGUCCCCAAUCCUGUUAAAGUGGGUGACUUCAGACCCAUCUCUUGCUGCAACACUAUCUACAAAUGCAUUGCCAAGAUCAUUGCAAACAGGAUUAAAACUGUUCUCCCUGAUCUUGUUGAUCCCGUUCAGUCAGCAUUUGUUCAAGGUAGGAAAUAUCUGACAAUAUUUUCCUAUCUCAGGAGCUUAUGA